AUGUUUCACCGAGAGUCGAUUGUUUCGAUUCCACCAGCCCUGGGUUUGGCUGGUGAAGUGGAAAUAUCGGCAACCCAUUUCAGCAAUGAAAUAUUGCUGCAGAUAAGAUACAACGGUGAAAUGGAUACCACAUACGAAGUUGCACCCGAGGGACUCAGACCUUUCGACGAAAGACAGUUGGCAGGCUUUUCGGACACAUUGGAUGAGAACGAAGCGCCAGCAGAUGACCAAAUGGCGAACUACAAGGUUGUCGCUAAGCUGGGAGACAGCAACGAUGCGAAAUUGCCCGUGGUAUGCACGCAGAUCGCAGACCUCUACCAGCAGGUGAUUCUACCGACCGGCGUUGACAAGAUCGGAGUCGGCGAGGCAGAGAGACGCAACCUGCUAAUAACAAUGAGCAGCAAGCUGUGGAGCGACGACACAAGACAGUUCGAGAGACUGGUGUUUAUCCUAAACAGCGUUAAACAGAUGUACAUAUGA